AUGCCCACCCACCUCGCCGCCCUCCUCCCCUCCAAAUCCUCCACCCUCACCCUAACCACCCGCCCAACCCCCACCCCAGGCCCCAACGACCUCCUCAUCGCCGUCAAAUCCAUCGCCCUCAACCCAGCAGACGCCAUCAUGCGCGAGACAGGCCUCUUCAUCCCUACUUACCCUACCGUCAUUGGCUUCGAUCUAUCAGGUCUAGUCCUGGAAGUCGGCACCAACGUCCCCAAACAUUUCCAUCCAGGAAUCACCCGCAUCGCCGCCUACUCCGCCUCCGUCUGGAAGGCCUGCGAUCCGGACUAUGGCGCUUUUCAAGAAAAGUGUCUUGUUCCGUGGCAGCAUGUUGUGCCGCUUCCGGAUGAAAGGGUGAUGAUCUCGUGGAAUGAGGCGGCUAUGUUGCCUGUUACUAUACAGGUAGCGCUUAAUGCGUGGGAGAGUAUCGGUUUGCAGCUGGUGUGUGACACGCAGACCAAUGAUGGCAUUAAUGGUCAGACUGGGAAGAAGAGGGAGGUACUGUUGGUCUGGGGCGCAUCCUCUAGCGUUGGUUCAAUGGGUGUGCAAGUUGCCCGAGUGCUUCGGGAUCAGCCUGGGUCUUCGAUUGCUGCUGUGUAUGCUACUGCUGGGGCGGCGAAUCAUGAGUAUGUGCGGUCGUUGGGUGCGGAUCGUGUAUUUGAUCAUAGGGACCCGAAUGUUGUGGAUGAAAUUGUUAAGAAUGCUAGAGAGGCUGAUUGUGUGAUUCGGUAUUGUUUUCUUGCGGUAGGGGAUGUGCGGAUGUGUCAGGCUGUGCUGGGGGCUUUUGUGGGGGCUUUUGUGGGGGAUGUUGAAGGGGAUGAGAAUGUGAUGGCGAAGAUUGCGUCCGCGCCGGUUGUUCCUUCUGAUGUGGAGGUGCUGGAUGGGGUGAAAGUUAUCUUUGUGAUGCCGGCGAUGGAUGAUGAGGAGAAGAGGCCGAGUCCGGAGCUGAGGGUUGUUGGGAGGGGGUUGCAGGCUGUUAAUGAUGGGUUGGAUGAGUUGAGUCGAGGGGUGAGUUGUACUAAGUUGAUUGUUGAGGUUGCGGAGUGA